AUGGGUGAUGAAAUGCCAGUAGGCUUUAGGUUUUCCCCAACUGAGGAAGAACUGGUGUCUUAUUUUCUUCAAAUAAAGCUGAAUGGUGGGCCCACACCCUCCAUUGAUAGGGUUAUACCUCUCCUCCCCAUCUAUGACUAUAGUCCAUGGGAUCUACCACCAGAAUUUGCCGGGGAAUUGUGUUGCGAGGGAGAUAGAGAGGAAUGGUUCUUCUUCACCCCGAUGCAAGAAAGGGAAGCCCGCGGAGGAAGGCCUAAUCGCCUCACAAACACUGGUUACUGGAAAUCUACUGGCUCUCCUGUUGAUAUUUUUAGCUCUCAAAAUCUUCGAAUUGGAAGGAGAAGGACCUUGGUUUUCUACACAGGCCGAUCUCCCCACGGCACUAAAACUAGCUGGAAAAUGAAUGAGUAUAAAAUGUAUGAUCAGUCUCCUAAUCCUCAGCUGAAGGAAGAACUCAGACUGUGCCGAAUUUACACGGGAUCCUAUUUUCCGAGGGCGUAUGGUAGACGGCCAGCAGCGGCGCACCACCACCAUCACAUAACUGAUAACAAUCAGCAGAAUUCGGAAAUGGAAAAUGAUCUCAAUUUUGAUAUGGAAACCGAAUUUGAACCUUUAACUAAUUCGGAAAUACGCAUGUUGCAUGACUUGUUUAAUAUAUGAAAAAUUUAGUAGUAAUAUGUUCUUGUUAACAAAAAAUUAGUUGGUUGAGGAUUGUUGUGCUUAUUAUUAAAAAUGACAUUUGAUCAUCAAGUGUCGUGCUUUGUAUUAGUGAGA